GCAAAGGGGGAGCAGAUCUGCUCAGUAUCUAAAGAUGAAAGCCAUUGUUGAAGUCACCAUCUGUCUUAUUACAGUUUUAGGUUCUGUGAAGGCAACUGAAAUAUUUCAUGGGAUUGAAGGUGAAAAUGUAAAGAUUGAAUGCCCAUAUCAACAUGAAUAUAACGAGAAUGGAAAGUACCUGUGUCGUGAUUCCUGGCCAUCAUGCAGUGAUGUAAUCAGAAGUGGCGAGCCUGAGACCCUCGUUACUGAGGGGAGAUUCUCUCUGUAUGAUAACCGCUCAGCGAGAGUCUUCACCGUGACCAUCACAGAGCUGACACUAGAAGAUGCCGGGAUAUAUUACUGUCGAAUUGAUAGAAAGAUUAAAUUCGACGAAUACACUGAAGUGAAAGUGACUGUCAAUAAAGCUCCGAAAACCCCCCCCACCACAACUCGUGCCACAUGCGCAAGUACCACCCCUUCCACCACUACUGUGAAGGGGAACACAGACAAUGGACAAACAAGGGAUUGUACAUCCAGCAGCCCUGCAGGUUGGUGUUUGAGAGAAUCCAAGGGACCAGCUUAAGUUCAAGACUGCAUGACCACACAAGCACUUGGCAUUAGCUAUUUACUGCUCCACGUCCCUUUUCAUCCUGUAACAGAAUGCCCUGUUCAAAUUGAUUUCACACUUGUAUGUUAUUAUUUUUAUUAUUAUUUUAUGAUUUGAUUAGUGCACGCUUUGUGUUGUCUGACACUUUUUGAUAAUUGGCUUCUCCACCUGCUUCCCUAUGUUUGCCCUGUUGAGCAAAUAAUAAUUGAAUUAUUGAUCAAUUUACGCACCUGAAUAAAAGUAGCACAUGUUUUUACAAAUGGGAUGGCCAUCCUGGGGUUGGUGUGUCUGUGCAGCAGUGGGAACGCAGUGUUUGGAGCGGGGGACGACGGGUGAGAGAGACUGAAACGGACCAGUAAAUGGAGCAUCCCGGCAGUAAGUAUUGGGCUGAUGGUAUGCCGGUGUGGAAUAAUAAGCACGAAUGGCUCGAGUGUUUUUUAGCCUAUUUGGUAGUCGAUUGGAGUUUAAGAAGUGCACAGAAUAGGUUAUAUUGCAAUGCUGGUUUCCCUCUCGCUCUCUCUGUGUGUGUUCCCUCCCCCGCACGGACAUUGUGUGGUGUGGGUAUUUGUACUUUUAUACCGUGGUAUUGUUUUUAUUAUGUUUUACUGUGUUUUGGAAUGUGUAUCUUCACUGUAUUGCUGGGUAGCAGAGUUGUUGUAUUUGCUGUUUAAUCCAUGACCUCAUUCAUGUGAACCUUGUUUAACUGCUUGAAAUCUUGCUACCUGUUAAUAGGUGAAUGGAAUUGUUGUUUUAUAAUCAGUACCAUUUGAAACUAGGUGUU